UCCAUUUUAAUUAGAGAGAUCUCCAUUCUCCAACCCCCAUCGCCAGUCUGCUCCGCUCCAGAAAUCAGAGAGUGGAAGAGAAGAUCGAAGAUGGCUCUGAAUCGUGCAGCCUGUUCUAAUCUCCUCAGACCUCUUCCCUACUCCAUCUCAUCUAUCUCAGCCCUCCGCCGUCCUUUCUCCUCAGCCACCGAUGACCAGGUCCUUUCCAUCGAGACUAGCAUCCCCUACACAGCUCACAAGAUCGAUCCUCCUUCUCGCACUGUCGAAACUACACCUAAAGAGCUCAUGGGAUUUUUCAGUGACAUGGCCCUAAUGCGCCGUAUGGAAAUUGCUGCCGAUUCUCUUUACAAGUCCAAGCUCAUCCGUGGGUUCUGUCAUCUCUACGAUGGUCAAGAAGCCGUCGCCGUCGGGAUGGAAGUUGCCAUCACCAAGAAGGAUGCUAUCAUUACUGCUUACCGUGAUCACUGUAUUUUCCUCUCCCGUGGCGGCUCCCUACACGAGGUCUUCUCUGAAUUGAUGGGUCGUACAGCUGGUUGCUCUAAAGGGAAGGGUGGAUCGAUGCAUUUUUACAAGAAAGACAAAGGGUUCUUUGGUGGGCACGGAAUUGUUGGUGCUCAGGUUCCUCUCGGCUGUGGUCUAGCGUUUGCGCAAAAGUACCUUAAGGAGGAAACCGUCACGUUCGCUUUAUACGGUGACGGUGCUGCUAAUCAAGGGCAGCUGUUUGAAGCGCUCAAUAUAUCGGCGCUUUGGGAUCUGCCUGCCAUUUUAGUCUGUGAGAAUAAUCAUUAUGGGAUGGGUACGGCAGAAUGGAGAGCUGCCAAAAGUCCUGCUUAUUUCAAGCGUGGGGAUUAUGUUCCUGGUUUAAAGGUUGAUGGUAUGGAUGUUCUUGCUGUCAAGCAGGCUUGCAAAUUUGCUAAGGAGUAUGCUCUUAAAAAUGGGCCUCUUAUACUUGAAAUGGAUACUUACAGGUACCAUGGACACUCCAUGUCAGAUCCGGGGAGCACCUACAGGACACGUGAUGAGAUUAGUGGUGUCAGGCAGGAGCGUGAUCCUAUUGAAAGAGUAAGAAAGUUGAUUUUAUCCCAUGAGAUUGCCACAGAGAAAGAGUUAAAGGAUAUUGAAAAGAACGUCAGAAAAGAGGUAGAUGACACUAUUGCAAAAGCCAAGGAAAGUCCAAUGCCUGAUGCUUCUGAAUUGUUCACUAAUGUCUAUGUUAAAGGUUUUGGAGUCGAGGCAUUUGGACCUGACCCCAAAGAAAUGAGAGCAGUGCUCCCCUAAGUUGGAACUGAGAUGGAAGAUUUCAACUCCCAAGUCUGAAGAAAUAAUACAUAGGCUGCUGUUGCCUUUCCUCGUAACCUGCCCUUUUUGCUGUAUAGGAAAAUUGAUUCUUUUCGAACUGCUGUUGAGAACUAAAAGUUUCAGUCACGGCCUUGUUAAAUUAGAUCAGUCUUCUCCUGGGUGAAACAUCUCAUUAGAUUCA